CGCCGCGAUGUUCGGGGCGCAGCAGCCGCUGCAGCCGCCCGCGCUGCCCCCGCACCUCCAGCAGCAGCACCAGCACCACUACUACCGGCGGCAGCAGCACUACAGCACCCUGCCCGCCCGCCGGCCCUGCCCCGAGCCGCCGCCCUGCCCCGAGCCCCCGCCGUGCCCGGAGCCGCCGCGGCCGCUGCCCUGCCUGGACCCCGCUCCGCACCCGCAGGACGUGGCCUACGACCGGGUGCGCACCUACGGGCCGGGCUGCCGCCGGCUCAGCACCUCCUGCUCCUCCCGGGCCGCCUCGCCGCUGGACUGCGGCCACGGCUGCGACCCGCCACAGGGCACCAUCCGCAGGAUCAUUAUCGAGAACCCGGACCAGGAGCCAUUAUCCCCUUUUCUUAGAGGGGCCAGUUUCUCUCCUGGAAAUAAUGUCAUCUAUGAAAAAACAAUAAGAAAAUAUGAGCUAUUAAAUCCCCUCCAAGAGCGGCAGUUCCCGGUGUGCCCGCCGGAGCCGUGCCCGCCGCCCCCGGUGACACAGCAGUGCCAGCAGACACAGACGGGCAGUCCCUGCGAGCUGUGCCCGGGCCCGGGCAGUGACGAGUGCCGGGGACACCCCGUGAGGAGGGGCACGGCCGCCCCAGAGCUGGUGAGCUGCCCCCAGGACAGCCCCGAGCAGCUCGACUGCCGCUUCUUUGGGGAGCUGCUGGCCGAGCUGCACCGCAAGAGCAACGACCUGUACAGCUGCCUGCUGCAGCACGUGGAGAAGAUUGGGACAAGGAACCACGACAUCGAAUUCACGUGCCAGACUGAAGAUGUUGAAGAAUUAAUUCCCAAAGGACUGUCUGAGGCAACAAAGCAGCAGAUUCGUUAUCUCCUGCAGAUGAGAGCGACAUCGGACAAAUCCCUGAGACUUGUGCUUUCCACCUUCAAGAACCUGCGGGAGGAGCUCUGCCAUCUGCAGGAUGACCUGGGGAAGCUGGAAACUGACAAUAUCUUGCUGAAGAAGGAUCUGGCUUUUAAGGAUUCCCAAGUGAAAGAAUAUGAAACAAUGCUGGCUUCUCUGAGAGAGAACAAUCGUCAGCAGCAGCAAGGGCUCAGGGACAGCACUGCCAAGUGCCGCUCGCUGGAGGAGCAGCUCCUGUCCCUGCGGCUCAGCGAGGGCGACAAGGACUGCCAGCUGAAGGAGCUGGAGUACAGCAAGAGGGCCCUGGAGCAGGAGAUCCAGAGCCUCAAGCUGCAGAGCUGCUCCAGCCCGACGCUGCAGACCACGACGGACGAGCUGUCCAGCCGAUAUGUGGAGAUGAUCAACAACCUGAGGGAGGACAAGGACAGGGAGAUCCGCAGCCUCAGGUCCCAGCUGUGCCAGUUCCAGCAGGACAUAACCAGGAGAGAGGGGAGCAACAGCGACUUGCAAAUGAGGCUGCACGAACUGACCUCGCUGCUGGAGGACAAAGAGGCUUUUAUUAAACAACAGCAAGAGGAGCUCUUCAGACUGAAGCAUGACAAGUUUUCGGGCAGUCAGUCCCCUGGGGUGACAGCCAUCAUCACCAAAAAGUACAGGAAUCAGUAUCCUAUUCUGGGUCUCCUGUCUGAUGACUACAAGGUCACAUCACCUGUCAAUAAAUCACAAACGAUUGUAAUUGAGAGGACGGGAGAGAUCUGGAAACAUGUAAGUUACCUGGAGAGGGACUGUUCCCUCUGCAGUCCCUGAGUGUUCAAUUUAACUUCAAAGCAAAUGUUCCCCAAACUGAGAGCUCAGCGAUGCCCUCGUGGUAAUUUAACUGCAAAAAGCAAAGUGACUGCAGCCAGGGAAGUGCCCUGGCCUUUGGAGCAGGCAGUAAUUGGUGGGUGUGGUAC